AUGUCCUUCAAUGACCCCUUUGAUAACGAUAUAGAGAGAAUAGCAACCAAUCAUUCUCAUAAAUACAAAGAUUAUCCUGAAUUUGAAUCACUUUCAAGCAGUAUUGAUAAUCAGCUACAUCAUAUCAAUAGCACUCAAUUAUCAAGCAUCAAGCAUGACUUGCUACAAUAUGAAAAAGAUCCCCUCAAUGCAUCCAUAGCGGAAACACUCAGCGCCAACUUCAAAUCCACUACGGACUCGUAUCGCAAAUUGAACGAUUUCGUUAAACAGUUGAACAAUACCAUCAAAUCAGUUGAAGAUGAUCGUGAGGACGUUGAGAUUAUCAAUUACCUCAAGCAAAAGGAAAAUAUUCAAAUCAAGUUGAUUAGGGAUAGUCUUAACAAUUUCAAAAACUAUCAACGAAGGUUUGAAAGUAAGCAAUCGAGUCAAUUACCACCGCUAGGAGAUAACCAGUCACAGGGUCCCGAUCAACUACAACCGCCACAACAACAUCAACAGCAGAUACAAAUCACUUACGAACCAGUUAACGCAGAGGAACUAGAGCAGCAAACACUCCUAGUUCAAGAAAGAGAACGAGAAAUACAUCAGAUUCAACAAGAUACCCACGAAAUCAACAAUAUUUUCUCAAAUCUUUCGUCAAUCAUCAAUGAACAGCAAUUUCAAGUUGACAGUAUUGAAAAUAAUAUAUUCACAUAUAGUUCGAAUGCAAGGCAAGCUUCAAAUGAAUUGAGAAGUGCUCAUCGUUAUCAAAAGAGGUCUAGUGGUACUUUAUUUUGUUGUUUGAUGAUCUUAUUGGGUGUUUUGGGAUUCAUUAUAUUAAUAGGGUUGGUAUUUUAG